CAAGAUGGCGGACGAAGACGAGGAAUAUCUGCAAUUCAUGGCAGUUCAUAAAAGUCAGUUAGAAUUUGCAGGUAUACCUCUUCACUUCUGGAAAUCAAUUCAUAAAAAGCUGAAGAACGAGACUUAUGAUGCUGGAUUAUUUUUUACAAUGGCUAAAGAUGGAGAUGGAAUUUUGAAAGUUUUUGUUACUAGUGAAGGUGGAAUGAAGGUGUCAGAUCCUAACUGUGUUUUUUUAAUUGAUCAUGCCUGGACAUACCAAGUGAAUUUUGCAAGAGCUCAGCUCAAGACAGUCCCUGGUCUUGCAGACAGAAUGGGUUCUUUAAUGGGAGUAACAAAAGAUGAAGAAUCAUCUCAAUCAAGUCAGGAACAACUUAUUGAAGCAAUCUUGGAAAAGAUGUGGAGUUUUAACCAGAAUUACCGCUUAAAGAUGACUUAUUCAGAAAGCCACAUGUAUCAAAAGGAUGCUCAUAAUGAUGAUGAACAUACUCCUUUGUGGUUUGUCAUGGAUGAGUUUGGUUCAUGUAUAAAACAUUCAGAUGACCCUUCUUUUGCAAUUGGUAUUCUUCAUUAUGUACCUAUUGGCAUGGCCUUCUCAUUAUUAUGGCCUUUGAGAGAUAUGGAUUAUGGAGAUGAAGUUACACGUGAUUAUGUAGCACCCAUCACAGAACCACUUCUACGGGAUUGCUCUCUGUUGUCUUGGUUCCCUGAUAAGCUGGAAGAUGAAAACUGGAUUAAACAGUUGACUUCUGAAAGAGCAACAGAACUUGUUGGGGAGGAACUCAGUGCAAUGCAGAAGAAGGACUGGCAGGGUGAGGUUUAUCCUAACCUUGAAAUUACAGAACUUACUACUACAACACCUGACAAUGAAAAAAUAUAUCGUGUUUUCACUGAUGUUGAACAAGUGACAGAUUUUCUUACACAUCCAAGAUUUGUUCUGGUAGACAGUAAAGAAGAAGCAGAUAUUCUAUGGAUAAGGGAGCAUUUUAAAGAUUUUAGAUCUCUUCAAGAUUAUGGUAAAUUUAUAAACCAAUUUCCUAAUGAGAACAGCCUGGUAUGCAAAGAUCUCUUAGCAGCAGUGUGUCAAAAUGCAACCCCCUAUGGAGAUGGCAAAGAAGAUGACUUGCUUGUGAGAGGACCUGAAUGGCUACCUGUUACAUUCAAUUUAAAUUUGGAACUUCCUCUCUUUCUUGAUCACUACAUCAAGAGAAAGAAGAGAGGGCUUGAUAAUCACUGGAUUUGUAAACCGUGGAAUCUAGCAAGAGCCCUCGAUAGCCAUGUAACGGGAAAUUUAAACUACAUACUAAGACUGAGAGAGACAGGGCCAAAGGUUGUCUGUAAAUACAUAGAAAAUCCGGUUCUGUUUCAUCGCGAAGAUGUUGGUCAAGUCAAGUUUGAUAUACGUUACUUAGUUCUCAUCGCCUCAGCAAAGCCCCUUGUGCUCUAUGCAGAUAAACUUUUCUGGUUACGAUUCGCCAACCAGCCAUUUUCUUUGGAUUGUUUUGAUGUUUACGCUAAACAUUUCACAGUUAUGAAUUAUCAGGACAGUGAAAAUUUAAAGCAGGUGCAUCACCACGAGUUCAUUCCUAUGUUUGAAAAGCAAUACCCCGAUCACAGAUGGGCCGAUGUCGAGUCAAAAAUUUUCAAAAUGUUUCGUGAGAUGUUCGAGGCGGCCAUCUGCGACUCGCCACCCAAGAAGUUGAUACACUGUUCACAGUCUCGUGCAUUUUAUGCUGUUGAUUUGAUGCUCAAAUGGGCGGACAAUGGCUCAAACGAAAUAGUGCCUCAAGUUUUGGAGGUAAAUUACUGCCCAGACUGUGAGCGAGCGUGCCGCUAUCAUCCAAAUUUCUUCAAUUUUAUUUUUAGUUUGCUGUUUCUCGGAGAUUCAGAUGGAUGGCCUGUUGAAAAGUUAUCAGGCUGAAAACCUUUCAUACACCACCAUGAGCGUUUUAUUACAUUGUGUUCGAAGUCCUGUGAAACCAUUCUCUUUUAAUUCGAAAGUUUUGUUGGUGUGAAGACAGUCAUAAUAUAAUUAAUACUAAAAUGUGUUCUACUACAUUUAAAUGCAGAAACCAAUCUAUUUAUUGUAAAUAAUGAUAAAACCCAAUACAAUAAACUUGUAAAUGCACCGG